AUGCAUAUUGGUAGUGUAAUCAACCAAGAAUUUAUGCCAACGGGAUUUAGUACUUAUGUUUGGAAGCGUGAAUUGAGGGCAGUUGUCAGAAAUGUGCAUGGAGAUCUUAUGGGUGCAAUUUCAGUCCCUAUCACUGGAUGUUUCACUGCCAAGAUUACUAAACUCUUAGCAAUUCGGGAAAGCCUUCAGUUUGCAUGGGAGGCCGGCUACGACUCAUUAGUCGUUGAGACAGAUGCCAAGAAUGCCAUUAACGACAUUGUCUAUGGCACUGAGGCUUUUGGGGUUGCAGGAGGGAUUAUCAACGACAUCCACAUGUUAUCUAGAAACUUUUUUUCACUUUCUUUUGUAUUUGCUCCUAGAUUGUGUAAUACUGUGGCUGAUAGACUUGCUAAGUUUGCUUUAGGUAGUGUGUCCAUAGACAUUUGGCUUGAAUAA